GUGACCAAUGAGUGCUCGAGACUCUGAGUGGGCGGGGUCUGCGCGUGCGCAGUGGCGCUCCAGAAGCGCCUGUCAGAAUCAGUUGACCGCCGGUGGCUCCCAUGGCUCCCGCUCGCGCGUGUCUCUGCCUGCUGUUCGGUUUACCGGCGGCCGGUAAAUCCCGCCUGGCGGAGCAGCUGCGGGGACACGCCCACUCCCGCGGCUGGAGGACCCUGACGGUGACCUAUGACCUGCUGAUCCCCGAGCGCGACUGGAGAGAGACAGAAUGGAAGCAGCACAGAAAAACAGUACUGGUGUGUUUGGAAAGAUUCCUGCAACACACACUCCCGGAGCAGACACGCACACUCUCUGAGCAGACACACACACUCCCGGAGCAGACACACACACUCCCGGAGCAGACACACACACUCUCUGAGCAGACACACACACUCCCGGAGCAGACUGAUGCUGGUGUGUGGAUGCGGUUCGAGCAGCUGCUGCGGGAUCAGAGUGUGUUUCUCUCACACACACACACACACUCACACACGCAGCCGCUCGUCCUGCUGCUGGAUGAUAACUUCUACUACCAGAGCAUGAGGCAGCAGAUCCAGCAGCUGGCCAGGAGGACCGGCGUGGGCUUCUGUCAGGUGUUCCUGCAGUGUCCGCUGGGUGUGUGUGUGCAGAGGAACCGUCUGCGCAGUCGGCCGCUCCCUGACGCUGUGCUGCUGCAGAUGUCGGAGCGCUUGGAGCCGCCGGACAGCAGAGAGAAACACAGCCUGACACUGGACGGCCAGAACAUCACACACACACAGCUGCAGCAGCUGAUGGAUCUGUGUGUGUCUGCGCUGGAGAACCCGCUGAGGGUCCGAGACGAGCAGCAGCAGGAGGCCGACAGACAGAUCUGUGCGUCCAGCGUUCUGCAUCAGGCCGACCAGACCUGCAGACGGGCGGUGUCUCAGACGGUGAAGAUGGCCCGCGAGCGUCAGGCGUCUCCAGCAGAGCUGCAGCUUCUCUCUGCUGAGCUGAACCGGCUGAAGUGUGUGUUCCUGCAGGAGCUGCGCAGGGACGUUCUGCAGCCUCCACACACACACACACCCGUGCACAUGCAGGAGGUGCAGGCGCAGUUUGAGCAGCGCAUACAGCACUGCCUGAACAGCGGCAGGACUGACCCGGGACCAGCGGCGGCUCCGUCAGGUCAUCAUGCAGAUGCAGACUGUGCUGAGGUGCUCCUGCCGUCAGACUCCUCCAGCUGCAGAGCUGAUCAGGAGAAUAGCUGAUCAAUAAGCCGAGCAGAGCGCUGUGUGUUCAGGAGAUCAGCUCAGAUGUGGACUAUAGAGCAUGUUUCAUGUGAUGUUUCAGGUCAUCUAUCUUGAUGAAGACAGACACAUGGAGCACAUCAAACUGGGACUCUCCAGCAGGAGUAAGAUACUCAUUACAGCGGGUUUCUGAUCUGAUCAUUUCCGUUAUUCAAAUGACAAUAAAGAAUCUUGAGUUGUGAAGUUUGAUCAGUCUCUGUGAGUACUGUAAUAAUCCAGUGUCGUCUUCAG